AUGGACGAACUGGGACCUGGCUACACCAAUACGCACCACACUUCAAUAUUAAAGCUUCACGGAAGACCACGCCUGAAGUCUGUGGAUACAUCCAACCCGGAAACUCAAAGCAGUAUCCCCACAGGAUCCCCGUUAACUCCCAAUGCAGAUCAGCGUUCUGGAUCGGUAUCUUCAGUAUCUUCGUCCCUGCUGGUGCCAGUGAAGCCGGUGUUGCAUAGGCUGACGUUUUCCAAUGGCAAAUCGACAUCAUCCCCAAUCAUCCUCCCUCCUUUGCUUGGCCCGCAACCUUCAAAACAGCCUGUAAAGCUAUCAGUGCCUGUACUGAAGGCUCCUCCAGGAACUGCUGUACCUCUCAGUCCUCACGGAAACGCUGCGGGUGAGCCUAAGGAUGCACGCAUUAAGGGACCUUUGUGGACGGUUCCUUACGAGAUGCCGAAUUCGAGCUCUCAUGGUCUGGAUGGAUCGGCGACAAAUCUGAGGACUGGCUCCAAUGCAAAUCUGAGGCGUUCGUCUGUGGACUCGGUGAGCUCUAUACUGACUACGGGGUCGAGAUCCCGCUUUGGAUCGCUCAAAUCUGCAGCAUCCAUGAAUACUGAGAUGGCGAUUUCCGACUCUGACGACGACUAUUACUCGACCAGAUCUCGUGCGUAUUCAGCAAGCCUCUCACCAAGGAACUCGGUGUCUUCCCUAUCGUCAUUGAAUGGAAAAUUGAACAGAUCCCUUGAUCUCAACAGUGCUCAACCCCCACCUCCAAUACCUCAGCAAGUGACUCCUCAACCAACUUACCAUUAUACUACCAACGGCCAGGUUGCUCUUCCAUUCAACUCAUUGGAACAUAAUAUCAACUUGUACUAUACAAGGUUUCAUGCAAACUUUUCGAUUUUACCCUUCUCCCAGCCACUUAUAUCGAAAAUAGUCCAGUCCCUUUUGAGCACUCACGCCACGCAUACGUCUAUGGUAGUUGAACUUUUCCAAACGGCGCUCAAUAACUUACUGUAUUACCAGCAUGUUCCCCUCAGCCACCUGAUUGCAUUAUUAAAGAGCGCGUUGUCUAUUUAUCCUUUCAACCACAACAACAUCAUGGUCAAUGAUGAUCUCCUUAUUAUUUUCUUUUCAACGUUGGUACUCAUUAAUUACACCAUUUUGAUCAACGGCGACAUCUACUCAUUGGGAAUUGCAAUGACAUCAGCUGUAUUCAACGAUUUCAAGCUUCUUGAAAAUUUUCAGGCACUAAUUAAAGAUUCUUCAACAUGCUCACGUCUAACCCCGGACGAUGUUCAGCUUUAUUUGCCAAGACUCUACAUGUGUUUGUACAUUAUUGACAACACGUAUAGUUUAAGUUACGGUUCUCUGCUGAGUCUUCCGAAUAAUUAUGACUUGUUCAUAAAAAAUUUGGCAUUGCUUUUACCAUCUGAUGCGUCAUACCUGCCAUUUUACUACAACGUUCAGGCCUCCAUCAUCAUUAAUGAUUUAGUCAAUCUGAGGGCGGAGGCAGUGUUGAGUGGAUCCAAUAAGCCAAGAUACAAGGAAUCAUGGACCGUUAAAACAUCACCUUCUAACCCCACGAACUCCAUGGUGCCAAAUUUCGUUUCGUUAUUUGUAUCAUUGGUCAAAGACAAGUACGAGCUUCAUGACAACUUGCAAGAAGUUUUGCGUUUCUUCGAGAACCAUCCGCCGGCGGCUGGUUCUGAGCAUAUCGAUGAAAGCAUUUACGAAGCCCAUUACGACUACCAACUUAAAAUCAGCAGGCUACUAAAAAAGCUCACACAGUCCCUAUUGAACUUUGAUAAUUAUAUAUCGACGAUCUAUGCAAAUAACAAGUCCAUGACCAGUGCGCAAGAUUUGAUUGGUCCGUUCUUCAAUCUCAGCUAUGGUCAGUCAUUUAAAUUGAUCAAGGCUUGCAAAAUUCUUGUGGACCCAUUGAUAAAAUAUGCGAGUGACAAUGAACUUUACACCAGAUCAAUGAAAAUUAUUGGUGACCUUUCCAUUGCUUACAAUUUGUUGAUUAGCAAUGUGAACAACAAUUUGAAUGCCAUCACUAACUCAAGAAAUGCCCUCAACAGUCAAGCACAUAAGUAUGUGAACUUAAGUCCGUCGACUUCUACUUCCGACUCAAUCAAUGUCAGUGGUUUGGGACUGACUUCAAUCGCCUUAAUCUUAAGCAAAAUCGAUCAUCACAAGCUACUGUUCAACAACACACCAGGUCCACCAACAGGUGACUCGCUGAAGUCCAGAGUCGAGAAAAUUGAGGCGUGGAGACGAGAAGUUACUGACAUUAUUGUCCAUUUCAUUCAAAGAGAAGAUGUAGAUGGUUGGUAUUGA